UCUAGGCAUGAUAACGUACGCAGAUAAUAAAAGAUCAUCGUCAUCAAAUAAUUUCUUCCUUCCAUAUAUCUCUGCAACAAUGGCGGCUGCUGCAAACAAUUUGCCACCAGGCUUCAGAUUCCACCCCACCGACGAAGAGCUCAUAAAAUACUACCUACUCAACAAAGUUCUCCUCUUCAACUUCUCUUGCUCCGCCAUUGUUGAAGCUGACCUCAACAAAUCCGAACCCUGGCAUCUUCCCGGUAAGGCGAAGAUGGGGGAGAAAGAGUGGUACUUUUACAGCCAGCGUGACCGGAAAUACCCGACCGGAAUAAGAACGAACCGGGCGACUGAAUCGGGUUACUGGAAAGCAACCGGAAAAGACCGGGAAAUAAUAUGCAGCUCGACAAAGAGUACGGUGGGGAUGAAGAAAACCCUAGUUUUCUAUAUGGGUCGGGCGCCGAAGGGAGAGAAGAGUAACUGGGUUAUGCAUGAGUACCGCCUCGACGGCAAGCUUUCUUACCACUACUUAUCCACUAACUCACAGGAUGAGUGGGUGAUCUCCCGAGUGUUUCAAAAGAAUAUUACUGGAUCUUCUGGCUGCUCCGGCGCCGCCGCGGGCGGCGGCAAGAAGAGGCCGUCCGCUUGCAUCAACAACAGAGGGCCAGAUCAAGUCGGCUCGCCGUUUUUAGUUUCCCUGCCGCCGCCGUCCGCCGCCAAGAAUGAGCACGUGCCCUGUUUCUCCACAGCUGCAGCAGCGCCACCCAGUUUCGAUCAUGGCGGCGGCGGCGGCUCACUCUUCGAUCUCCCGCCGCCGCCGUACUCUUCUCUGAUGAGCGCGUUGAUUAACGAUCCGCCACUAUUAACGCCGGCGAAUCACCCACGUUUUCCGAGCCCGAGGUCGCUCCAGGAAAACCUGCAUGUGCCUUUGUUUGAUUUCUCGGCGGAUGCUCUGCCGCCGCCGCCGGCGGUGCACGGCGGCGAUGAUGAGAUGUUCGGUUACAGCUGUCUGAUGAGCCAGCUGGAUACUCAGAAAGUAUGCCCCACUGAUCUCGAUUGCAUGUGGAGAUGAUAUAUGAUUGUUAAUAAUUAACUCCGGUUUAAUUAAUGACUAAUGGAAUUAAUU